AUGCUUCCUAACGCAAUGACGCAGUCAGAUACCAAUGUAAAUACCAUUGAUUCGAUGAUCGCAACUGUGAGUCAGCUGUAUAAAGAUAUUCAACUCCAGGAUGCAUAUCAAGAUACUGACGAAGCUGCCAUGGAGGAACAUACCCCGGUGCUAACCUCUAAGAGCAUUGGUGCUGUAACCCUGGAGGAGAUAACUUCAGAGCAACCAACCAUUGGGGCAGGCGAAGGAACUGGUUUUGAAAGAACCAGAAGUGCGCCUCCUCGGAGCCUCCCUCGCCCUGUGAAUCAGAUUCGCAAGCUUCAGCGUGUUCUUCGCGGGCUGAAGCGCAAUCUAAACCAUAUGAAGAGCCUUCAGUCAGACGUCGAGAGGGAGCUGAAUUACCGAUCUCGUUCACUUUCGCUGGUGGCUAAAGAUGCGGAACCCUCUAGGAGUUUGCAUACGAGUUUAACCGACUGCCUCGAGAAAGACUUGGAGAAUAUCACCAACAAGUUGUUGGACUUGAUGAACAAGGUCCCCGUGCCGCCUGAGAAGCAGAAGAAUAAGAAAGCAUCACCAGAUCAUCAGGAUGGUGAUGGGGACAAUGACGGCAAAGUCAUUGCUUGCUUGCCAGGCAUCCAUGCAAACGAAGAAGAUCUCAAAAGGCUCGCGGUUUUCAGAGAUGUUCAAGGCAAAUUCACGGGGCUUAGUACUGAACGCCAGAUCUGCCUGCUGAGCUUCGGUGUGUUCCCGGAGAAUCAAGAGGUUAAUAGAACGAUGCUGAUGUAUUGGUGGAUCGGUGAGGACAUUCUGCCUCGUGAAGCCAAACCCGAAGACGCUGUGAAAGACAUUCUCAAGGAGUUCAUGGAGAAAAAGCUGAUCGAGCCUGUGGAAAACAAACGCAAAGUGGAGCCAAAUAGCUAUAAGAUGACACCUUUUGUGCAUUCUUCAGUGGUGCUCAUCUCAGAGGAGAUUGGACUUUUCAAUAUGUACCAAAAGGCGACGAAGCCAAAGAUGAAGAAAUCAGACUUGAACAAAGUAUGCCUUGUACAAGAGUCGUCAAGCCAGCCGGAAGCAAAAGGUAGAAGAAUGAAACCAGAAAACAUGGAAACAGUGUUCAAUGUCUCGGAGAAGUUCCCAGAAUUCACAUGCAAGUGGUUCACAAGUAUGACGAAGCUUAAAGUUCUUUAUCUGGGUAGGUGGGAGAGAACCGAGCGCGAGAUCGAAAUAGAUAGCCGUCGAGUUAUGAAAGAUUUGAGUUCCCUGAAGAGGCUAAGGUUUUUGAGUUUGCAAGGCAUCUCAGCCAUUAAAAGCCUUAGCCGCUCUGCUUGCAAGCUCAGCGAGUUGAUUGUCUUGGACUUCAGGGAUUGCUAUAACCUGGAGAAACUUCCAGAUGACAUACAUAAGCUCAAGAAUCUAAUCUACUUGGAUUUGACUGGCUGCGACGCUUUAGAGAGGAUUCCCGUGCGACUGUCUUGGCUAGACAAUCUGGAGGUCCUCAAGGGCUUUGUGGUCAGCGAUUUUCAGACAGAGAUCACCUGUGAACUGGGAGCUCUGGUGCACUUAACGAAGCUGAGAAAGCUUAGCAUUACUGUAGACCGAGGGGGUUUUGGCUUAAAUGACUUGAUAAAGGCUACAGGAGAUUUUAAGAGUCUGGAAAUCUUGAAAGUGCGGUGGGGAAGCAGAAUCCCCCCAGUGAGAGAGCGAAAGCCGGAAGGCAAUAUAGUAAGAUUUAUGCGCUCCGUGACCUCCAUAGAUAGCAGGAACCCGAUGAAGAACCUGAUAGAGCGUCAUAGACAUUAUCUUCCCAGAAACUUAAGGAAGUUAGACCUGCAGCGUGUUCCGGAAUGUGAACUUCCGGGAUUGCUCCAGCCUCAUAAUCUAAAAGACCUUGAAGAGCUCCACCUUCGAAGUUGGAUAAGCCUGGAAGGAUUUGGGGACUUACCAGAAAAGCCAACUGAAUGUGGUGUUAAAGUUUUACGUCUCAAGUCCCUGCCAAAGCUAAAAGUGGAAUGGAGAGAGCUGACACAACUCUACUUUCCAAAACUGGGAUUCCUGGAGAGCUAUGAGUGUCCCAGAGUUACAUUCUGCCCUUGUGACCGAGACGGAAUCUGGAGAUCUCAUGAACGCUGA